GUUCGACUUGAGUUGAGACUUGAGAAUACAAGGAGAAAGCUCGUUCAGUUUCUCCGUUUAGACGAGAACGAUGAUGUUUAUAAACAAAUCACGCUUAGAUGCGACCGUCUCCUCGUUCGUUACGGUGCACCCGCACGAGACCUCCGCUCUUCUCCACUCCUCCUCCUGCUUCUUCUUUAUUUUGAGCGCAUACUUUGUUGUGUUACCGUUGCGUGAUGAAGGAGCGAUCUCACUUGGUUUGUCAAAAUUGCCUGGUCUCUUCGUCGGAUCGUUAUUGCUGACUUUAAUAGCUGCGCCUGUUUCAACUCUCAUAUUUUCCUUGCCUAAUCUCUCUAAAUCCAAGGCUUUGGUUUUGAUACAUAGGUUUUUUGGUGUAUCGCUUGUUGUAUUCUACAUUCUAUGGCAGUCUUCCUCAGCAGGGUAUUUAUCAUCCAACUUGGAGGGUAAAUUGAAAGAGGAUCCAGAGGGUGACCUUAAUCAAACUAGCACCGCAGGUUCUGUAGAUUGGAGUAACCGUGGUUGGUUUUAUGUUUCAGUCAGAAUUGGAUUCUUCCUUUGGGUGGCUUUGCUUAAUUUGAUUACAAUUUCUUCAACUUGGGCUAGAGUGAUUGAUGUGAUGAACACUGAGUCAGGCUCAAGAUUGUUUGGGUUCAUUGGUGCUGGUGCUACAUUUGGCCAGCUUUUUGGUUCAUUGUUUGCCACAGCUAUGGCCUUUUUAGGUCCAUUUCUCCUCCUGUUUGCUGCUCUGUUGAUGGAACUCGCAGCACAGUCAUCAAAAGGAAUCAAUAAGGAUAUAUCUCAUCCUUCUGAAGAGUUAACUCCCAUAAGAAAAGCUGAUUCUGAUCAACAAAGUGAGGCUGAAGUGCAGACUGCACCUGCAGCCAAAGCAUCUUCCCCUAAGUUAUCUACUUCAACAGUGAAGCCUCGUCUUGGGGCUAUCCUAGAUGGACUCUGGCUUAUACUCUCCUCAACUUAUCUGUUGUAUGUGUCUUUAUUCCUGUGGCUGAGUGCAGUUGUCUCCUCAUUCUUCUAUUUUCAGAAAGUGACUGUUAUUGCCAUGACUGUUGCAAGCCCUGUUGGUAGAAGAAGAUUGUUUGCCGAGAUAAAUAGCUUUAUUGCUGUUUUUAUUCUUGCUGGACAACUAACUUUAACAGGACGUAUCCUUUCUAUUGCUGGGGUUACUGUGGCUAUUUGUGCUGCUCCAUUUGUUGCCUUUUCAAAUAUGAUUGCUAUUGCAAUAUGGCCAACUUGGGUGGUGGUUGCUGCUUCUGAGACCAUACGAAAGGUGGUUACUUAUGUUGUGACCAGGCCUGGAAGAGAACUUUUAUUUACUGUGGUCUCCCAAGAGGAGAAAUACAAAGCUAAGGUAUGCAUAGAUGUAAUUGUCCAACGACUUGGAGAUGCAUCCGCAGCAGGAAUGUACAAACUACUGUUUGGCACUCUCCAUGGGAGAACAUCAACCGUUUCCCUCUAUGCCCUUCCUGUCUGUUUAUUAUGGAUCGCUACAGCAUUCCAUUUAGGACGCCGCCAAGCACAACUAGCAAAGCUUUCAGCUUCCUCCCCUUCCUGAAUUUUUUUUUCUGGAAAGGAUGAUUUUUUUUUUGUACAAAUAGUCAGUAUUGUAGUUCACUUAAAUGUCUUACUAUUCAUGUAACUAAC